AACUCCCUCUGUUUUUCGAAGAAACAACACUGAUUCGGUAUCCUGUCUUUGGAGACACGAACGCCACCCCAUAUAGUUCGUAUUUCAUCUCGAGAUGGAUAUAACAAUGUUGGGAAGAUUAUUGGUGCAUACACUUCAGCUUCUACUAGGGAUUCCCCUCGUAGAGUCGCUUUCUUCGCAUUCCGUCGGAUGCGGGUGGCAUCCUCCUGUGUGGUCGUCGCUGCCUCCGAUCGAGUUACGGCAGCCCUCAAGAACAAAUUCCCAUCGCUCCUCCCAAAGGCAACGGACAUCGUUUCUCUCUUCUUCUAGACAAAAAUACAGGGACGGAAGCGAGGACGACUCCGACGACUACGACGAUGGAUUUCCAAACACCAAGUUCCGUGAAGUGAGCGAGGAAGAAAUUGGGUUGCGUCGAAUGCCCAAAAGCAGCAAGAACAAAGGAGGCAGUGAUUUCCCUCAGAUCUCAAACGAACGCCGCAGCGAGUACGAGGACGAGGACGAGGACGAGGAGGACGAUUACUAUUUUGAGGACGAUCGCCGCCGACGUCCCAGCAAUGGCCGGCGGCGAGAGAAUAGCGAUCGCAGCUCCCAGCGAACGGGAAGACUCGCACGGUACGACUACGAAGAAGAAGACGAAGACGAAGACGACUUUUAUGGCGACGACGAAGAAGAGGGCGGAUCCGAUCAAGUGGCGGGAAACUAUUGGUCGAAUCCCAUCAACCGCAUGGACCGUCCGCCAUCCGGCAUAAACCGCCGUGGGCGGCGGGACCAACGCGAACGAAGAUUUUACGAGGACGAUGAAUACGCGGACGACGAUUACGACGACGACGACAACAGCCGGAGCAGGCGACCCCGGAGGCGACCGCGGGAAGAGCCAAGACGGCGAAAACCAUCGGCCCCGGUGUCCUCGGGUCUCGGGGAGCCCCCCCGGGUGCUGAAAGACCUGUACGACCAACUCUUCUGGUAUGGAUUCGACGCGGACGAUACCGCCGACGUCGGGGACAAAACUGCCUUUGGCGGGACGAAAGGAAAAUUCAACGGGUUCAACUAUAUACUUCCCGAACAGAGCCAGGAAAGCAGCAGCCGCAGCGGUGCGUCCCGCCGGCCGCCAAUGGAUUCUGCCAGGCGCUUGCCGCCGUCCGAGACGGGGAACCGGGGAGCGAUAACGAGGGACUACGAUGCGAGGCGGCGACGCGCCGCCGAUAUGGAUUACUACGACGAUGACGAGGAGGAGGACUACGAAUCCGAUUACUACAGCGACGACAGUUCCAGUAGGAAACGCAGGCCUUUGUCACCGUCGCUGUACAAGCCUCCUACAGACGAAACCUCGGUUCGAAAAAAUCGAAUGGAUGACAAUUACUACGAGGAUGACUAUGACGACGAUUACGACGAUGGCGAUGAGGACUACGAGAGGUACAACGGUGACUACCGGAACACCAGGAGAACGAGUCGGCGCAGAAAUUCGGCACGAUUCGAUGGCGAGGACGACGAAUACAUGGAUCGUCGUUCCGGAGGGCGUCGCCGACGAAGGCAGCAAUACAGGAGUUCGAACAAUGAGUGGUCCCCGCUCAAUAUGAUCGAGUCCUUUCUCGGACUGGACCGAGACGAGAUGAACUACAAAGCGGACAUGUACGACGCCAAAAUGGGACUYGGAAAGCGCCGGCGACGGGAUGGAAGGAGGCGAUCACUGCCCCAGCAGCAACGACGUUCUCCGAGAGACGAUCCGGGAAGACCGGGCUAUGCCUACCGAUACGAAGCCGAAGAUGACGACGACGAGGUUCUCGAUGUUGAUCUGGCCUACGACGAUGUCGAUGACGUCGGCUCGGGCGCCGAGGCACCGUCUCGUUCCGCUGCCAGGCGCCGCCAGCUACAGGAGCUGAGCGAUGCCAAGGCAAAACCUAAACGCAAAACAAAAGAACAAACCUGGGAAGAACGACAAAUCGCCAUGGAACGCGUGCCACCGGCGAACGUCGUGGCCUGGGGUCCCGCGGGGGAGCUCGCCAUGAGCGCGCGCGAAAAGGCCUUUCUAGACGCCCAGGAGGACAUCGAGACGGCACGGCGGAAGCUGAACGCCAUGAAACAGAAAGAAUCCGAGGCCAAGGACGAGAUCUCGGUGCUCAAGGUGGACGCCGAGCGGCAGCGGCUCAAGCUGGAGGAUGCCCCGAUGGACCGACGAUCCCGUCGGGACCUCGAGGAGCUGCGGCAGACCGAAAUGGACAUCGACGAUGCCUCGCGGGAGCUGCGCCGGUGCCGGGCAAGGGUAGAGAGAGCCGUCGGGGUCCUGGAGGAACUGGAACAACGCCACUAUGCCAUAAUGAGCUGCUAUAACGUUGGCCAGGCCUCCAUGCUAGUGGGCGAAAGCCUGAACGAAAUUUCGUCAUCCAUUCCGGGCUCGGAAGCGCCAACAGCGAGCGCUGCUGCCAUCGGUAACACCGCAGAGGCCGAGGGGUCGGAUUCCUCGUCCCCAUCGGAAAGCACGAGUGCCAACAACUGACGAGCUAAAGCGUUAGUUAUUUAAAAAACAACGGGGUCAGUGCCAGUUGAGUCUUUGGGCUCGUUGCCAUCCGGUGAACAAAGCUACUUGGGCUUGUACUGUGACCAGGGACAGGUCGAACGGAAAUCUUCAUUCCUCAGAGAUCACCAGGAAGUUCUAUAGAUUUUUGAAGUAGGGACUUCUUGCUGCAGACACGAAUAGUAUGGUUGGAACGCUCUCAAUGCCCUGCCGCUUGCUACGACGCGUUGUUCUCAGAGAAAGCGGUUCCUACCAGUUACCCGAGUGGAGUGCUUUGCUCCAUYUUGGAUGAUGUCAACGAAUAUUCUCCUGAAGGAAUGGUGCCCUACCUUACCUCUGUAUACUAAAAUAAUGGCUAGGUCUCCAAGAUCGCACUUUAAAUAGAGCAAACGUUUCUAG